AUGCUGAGCCGCAAGCUCUCUCAGCUGGUGGGGAACGGGUUGGGGUUGCCGGACAAGAUCUGGGAAAAGGCGAUCGAUCUGGCCGUCUCGUUCGUCGAGUCCGAGUACUCUCUGAUUCAGGGUGUGGAGAGGGAGCAUGAGAAGCUCAAGCGGCUGGAGGAGAGGAUCGAGGCCACGCUCGUCGACGCCGAUCGGUUGGACAUUGAGGACGAGCGUGCCCUCAUCUGGCUGAGGGAUCUCAGGGAUGUGAAGCUCGACGCCGGUGACGUGGACGAGGACCUCCAGGUCCGGCCGCUGGCGGCGCGAGCUCUGACGAGGAGGCGGUUGUGGCACCACAUCGCGCCGGUCUCCCUCCCUCUGCUCCGGUUCCGGCGGAGUGUGGCCAUGGCGAUCGCGGAGAUCAACGAGAGGUACGAGGAGAUCAGCAGAGACAGGGAGAAUCUCGCUCUGCGGCGCGGGGAAGGCGGAAUGCGCGUUCGCAGGAUGCAGCCUCCGGGGGGAUCUGUAUUGCCGGAAGAAGCUCUGAUCAUCGGCAGGGACGGCGACAGGGACGAGAUCGUGAGCUUGCUGGUGACGAGGAGGGAUGGCGGUCAGCUUCCGGUGGUUCCGAUCUACGGGAUGGGGGGCCUGGGGAAGACGGCGUUGGCCAAGCUCGUCUUCAACGACGCGAGGGUGAAGAAUCGGUUCCAGUCGAAGAGGAUCUGGAUCUCUGCGGCUGACGGCUUCGACGUGGUGGGGAUGACGAAGAAGAUCUUCGAGUUCGUCACCGGUGAGCCCUGCCAUUUUUCGAACUUCGAUCUGAUCCAGCGCAAGGUGCGGCAGCGGCUGACGGAGGGGGGGCCGUUCUUGCUGGUGCUCGACAGCGUGGGGGCGGAGGGUCCUCGGAACUGGGACGAUCUCCGCCUGUGCCUGCCGGCCGGCGGCGGCGAAAGCAGGGUCCUGAUCACCACUCGCAAGGAAGACGUCGCUAUCGGGAUGGGCACGGUGGCACGGGAGAGCCUGCCGGGACUGACAGACAAGCACUGCUAUCGCCUGCUCGAGCGACGAGCAUUCCCCGCCGAGGGGUUUGAUCGGGUUACAGGAUUGGGGGAGAUAGGUGAGCAGAUCGCCAGAAAAUGUCAGGGGUCGCCGCUGGCGGCGAUAUCCAUCGGCGGGCUUCUCCACGGAGAAAAAGAGAAGGAGGAGUGGGAGAGAGUGUUGAGAGAAAUGGAGGCGUUCCCUCUGGAGGAGAAUGACAUCCUGCCGCAGCUGAAUCUGACCUACGCUCUUCUGCCGCUUCCUCUGAAGAAAUGCUUCGCCUUCUGCGGCAUCUUCCCCGAGGGGUAUCUGAUCGACAAGGAUCUGCUCGUAAAACUGUGGAUGGCUCAGGGAUUCAUCCAGCCGAGGGGAACCCAGAGGAUGGAGAAGCUGGGCAGCCAGUACUUCGAGCAGCUCCUGUGGAUCUCCUUCUUCCAAGCUUCAUCCGACAGAAACCAGGGGCAGGCCUCUCCGACCACCUACGUCAUACCCAGCCUGUUCCAGAAGCUAGCGAGCUCUCUCCGUGACUCUGACUGCGUGAGAAUGGUCAACGGCACAUCUCCAGAGCCCGGUAGUCGCUUGGAAAACACUCGCCAUGCAUCCUUCUUUAUCAAGUCCGAGGAUGAGGAGCAGGCGGGGGCGCCGGAUUUUACAGUUCUCCACGAGUGCAGGAAGCUGAGGACCUUAUCUCUGGUGGACGGCGGACGGAGGAUAGACAAGCUCCCCGCCGAUCUUCUCCCAAAGCUGAGAUUUUUGCGCGCUCUGGAUCUGAACGACAGCGCGGUGAGGGAGCUGCCCGACUCAGUCGGCGAGCUGAAACUCCUCCGAUUUCUCGGCCUGCGGAAGACGAAGAUCGAGCUGCUGCCGGAGUCUGUGGCCACGCUCAGCAAUCUCCAGACCUUGGAGCUCAGCCAUUGCUAUGAGCUCCGCAUGUUGCCCAAGCGCACGUCCGAGUUGACCAACCUGCGGCAUCUGGGUCUGCAUGUGGACCAACCCACUCGCUCAAAGUUGCAGUCAACGCCGCCGGGAAUCGGAAGGCUGAGGUCGUUGGAGACGCUGUCCAGGUUCAUCGUGGGGACAGAAGACGGCUGCGGGUUAUCACAGAUGAAGGAUCUGAAGCUCAGGGGGGAGCUUUGGAUCUCCAAGCUGGAGAAUGUGCGCCGCCCGGAAGAUGCUCGACAGGCCAACCUGAGGAACAAAGACUACCUCCACAGCCUCACCCUGGAAUGGAGCGAUUCUGAGCUGCACAACCAGCAGUAUCCACACGAUACAGAUAUGAUCGAAGGCUUUCAACCUCCUUCCGUGCUCAAAUAUCUGUGCAUACUGAACUACAAUGGUGCGACUGUCCCCGAGUGGGAGCUGCAAGAUCUGGAGAUCCUGAAGCUUUCGAAUUGCAGAAAAUGGAACGAUCUCCCGAGAGUCGGACGAAUGGAUGCGCUCAAGGAGCUGACUAUUGAAGGCAUUCAUGGGUCGACCAGUACGGAACAUCUGCUUUCUCGCCAUGACAGGUCGCCCAGGUUCCCAGCUCUGGAGAAGCUGACAUUGUGCGACCUCCCUGAUCUGCUGAACUGGUCAGUAGGAGAGGGGGACAUGGCUCGUCUGAGUGAGCUCAAUGUUUCAAGCUGCCCCAAGUUAGGUGAUCUGCACCGUCUCCCACCUUCGGUUAGGAAAUUGACAUUAAAAGGCUGCAAGGCAUUGCGGCGCCUUCCCCAGCUGCCUGACGGUCUCGAGCAUAUCGAGCUGCAGGAUGUUCCACUGGUCAUGUGCCUGCCGCAAGCUGUGCCGUCUUCUCUCGCUUACUUGGCCGUCAUUCGUUGCCCAUUUCUCGAAUGGCGCUGUCGAGAGAACAAAGGCAAAGAUUGGCACAAGAUAGAGCGCGUCGUCGAGAGAAAGAUCAUCGGCGCCUGA